UGCCACCUAUCAAUGCCAAUCAGUGCUACCUAUCAGUGCUGCCAAUCAGUGCCACCUAUCAGUGCCAGUCAGUGUAGCCUAUCAGUGCGCAUUAGUGUCGCCUAUCAGUGCCAGUCAGUGCUGCCUAACAGUGCCAGUUAGUGCCACCUAACAGUGCCAUGCCAUAUAUCAGUGUCAUGUAUCAGUGCUGCCUUUCAGUGCCCAUCAGUGAUGCCUGUCAAUGCCCAUCAGUGCAACCUACCAGUGCCUCCUCAUCAGUGCCACCUAUCAGUGUCUAUCAGUGCAGCCUAUCAGUACCCAUCACUGCAGCCUCUUUA